CUUUCCAGAUUUAGAUACGGAACCCAAAAACCGGAACGGAUGAUCAUCCCGUCGAUAUAAUUAUAGAUCAAGGUUAUGUUCCCCCAUCAUUCUCAAGAAGAAACCAACCUUUUUUUUUUUACAUUACCUAUUUAUAUUUCUCUCUUUUCUUUUGUCAUCAGUCUUGCAAUGGACUAUUUUAUUAAAAAAACACACUUGUAUACACUACAGGCUUUGCUUUUUUCUUUCGCCUCGUGUAUACGCCUUCUUUUGCAUUUCUUACAACAUGGAUCGUGUGAUAUUCAGUGAUUUCAAAAAUACAAUGAGCAUCUCUUUUUUAAAAUAACACCCAACACGCUCAAAUAGACCUGUCAAAAAUACGCUAUUCUCCUUGUCAUGCGCUUCUUUUAACACGAGUACAUAUCUUUUUUUCAUGGUGUGAUUCAAAAAAAAAAGAA